CUCUACGUUAAGGCAGUUUUCACCGGAUUCAAACGUGGACUUCGCACCCAGUCCGAGCAUACUGCCCUGCUCAAGCUCGAUGGAGUGUUCAAUAAGGAUGACGCCAAAUUUUAUAUAGGAAAGCGUGCUGUCUAUCUCUACAAGGCCCACAACAAGACCACCAAGCCUGGUCAUACGGUUCCAACCAGAACGAGGGCCAUCUGGGGCAAAAUUACGCGAGUCCAUGGAAACACUGGAACCGUCCGCGCGAAGUUCCACCACAACCUUCCCCCGAACGCCAUGGGAAACAGAAUUCGUGUGAUGCUGUACCCAUCGAACAUCUAA